AAAAGCAACAGGGCUUCCCCUCCUUUCUUUUUGCUUGUUGAAUGUAAAUUUUGUACUUUAAACUGAUAACAAAGUCCUACUUAUUAACCUAUACAGAAUGUUAAGCAGGUUAUCUAGACAGUUUGCAGUAAGGAUGUCAACUACAGCUGCCAGAGCACAGAAACUAAAGGGAAAAGUGGCCAUAGUCACAGCGUCCACAGAAGGAAUUGGUUUUGCCAUAGCCAGACGUCUUGGAGAAGAUGGUGCAAAGGUUGUUGUUAGUAGCAGAAAACAAAAGAAUGUUGACAAAGCUGUUGAUAUAUUAAAAAAAGAAAAUCUUGAUGUGCGUGGAAUUGUUUGUCAUGUCGGCAAGAAAGAGGAUAGAACAAAACUUAUACAAAAGACAAUAGAUGAGUAUGGUGGUAUUGAUAUUUUAGUAUCUAACGCAGCAGCCAAUCCAACAAUGGGUCCUUUAAUUGAUUGUUCUGAAGAUGCCUGGGAUAAGCUUUUUGAUACUAAUGUUAAAGCCACAUUUAUGCUGUGUAAAGAAAUUGUACCUCACAUAGAAAAAAGAGGUGGUGGUUCUAUUGUGAUAGUAUCAUCUAUUGCUGGAUAUAUUUCAAGUGAGGCCAUUCCAGCUUAUGCAGUAACUAAAACAGCAUUACUAGGUCUGGUGAAAGGAUUAGUAGGUAGCUUGGCACCAAAGAAUAUUAGAGUCAAUGGCAUAGCACCAGGUCUAAUCGAUACUAAAUUUAGUGCAGCUUUGACAGGUAAUCCAGAAAUGUUAAAGACUGCUUUACCAGCAAUUCCUUUACACAGGCCUGGACUGCCAGUGGAGUGUAGUGGAAUAGUUUCAUUUUUGUCAUCAGACGAUGCAUCCUAUAUAACUGGAGAAAAUAUUGUAAUAUCAGGUGGCAUGCCAUCACGGUUGUAGAUUAUGUGAAGUUAGUUACAGUGGAGCAGAUGAGAUAUCCAUUCCGUAAUUAUCUGAAUGACCACCCUGUAUGGUGCUUAGUAUUCAAGGGAUAUUGUUAACAGUUUGAGUAAUUUUGUCAGGUUUUGUGAGUAAAGAUUGCAUUCAUGCCCUCA